AUGGCGCUCUGCAUCGCACGCAGCCGGCCAGACAUGUACGGGCUGGGCAUCCGGCUCGCAGUCUACAUCCAAUGGCUCGCCGUCGCCCUCUUUCAUCACAUCGGGCCGGAAAGCAUGUCCGAGAUCCGACUCCUGGGCCUCAUCCUCAGCUCGAGCCUCGCCAUCAGCCUCCUCCUGCAUCUCGCAGAGGGUGGGAAUGGCAUCGAUGCGGCGGGCAUCUACAUCCUCAUUCUCCUCACGACCGGUUCGCACCUCUUCCUCGUACCCGUCUACGCUUGGCGUGCGUUGACGUGCUUCCGUCCAUGGUGGAACCCGCUCGCGUGGUCGGGCGAGGAGCAGCUUCGAAUCUUCCGCAUCGUCAGCUUCACCCUCAUCCUCGUCGUCUCCGCCGUCGCCGUCUGGUUCUUCUCAACCCAUGUGCCCCGGCUCGAGAGGGGGUGCCUGCAGUUUGGCUUCUUCUUCGGCAAGACGGCUCUGGAUGGGAACACGUCCUUUCUUGCCUUCAACGCCGUGCUGUACCUGCUCAUACUCCAGAUCUGCGUCGCCAUGGCCCUGGGUCACGUCAAGAGCCUGCGCCAUCUGCACCUGCUCUCCAACUUGACCGUCUUGGUCGUCCUCGUCUUCGCCGUCGAGCUCUCGGUGCGGUGGAACGAACUCUCGGGAUCCAGCGACAUGGACACCAGUGCACAGCUCAUCCCGCUGCUCGUCAGCAUCGGAAUCGUCGUCCGAUGCGCCUGUAUGCACUACGUCGAGGAGGGGGACGACGAGAGGUCGUCGGACCGACCAUCCGUACACUAUGAUUCGCAGACCGGGUGGGAGCCAGGUCAUUUCGAGACGGUUUGGCUGCCACAACGACCCGCAAGGGCGCGCACUCAAACGAGGCAUCGAUGA